UUCCUUUUCCUUCCCUCCCUAUGUUCUCUUUCAGCAGCCAAACGAGCCUUAAACCUAAUUAGACACUGAAACAGGCUCCUCAAUUGCGAGACAAGUAGAAAGCGACGCCGCCGCCAUAGCUCAAUGGCAAACCUAGCUAUGAAGAAGAACUACCGGGGCGAACCGAUUUUACGGCAAUUCUACGGCGGCGGGCCGGUGGUGGUGUCAUCGGACGGUUCAUUCAUGGUGUGCUCCUGUGGCGACUCAAUCAACAUUGUUAACUCGUCAAACGCCUCCAUAAAAUCAACAAUCGAAGCUGACUCUGAUACUAUCACGGCCUUGGCUCUUAGUCCUAAUGAUAAGCUUCUAUUUUCGUCAGGUCACAGUCGGCAAAUAAAGGUCUGGGAAUUGUCUACACUCAAAUGCCUCCGUACUUGGAAGGGCCAUGAUGGUCCGGUGAUUGGCAUGGCGUGCCAUGCGUCAGGCGGAUUGCUUGCUACUGCAGGAGCUGACAGGAAAGUUCUUGUCUGGGAUGUUGAUGGUGGCUUCUGUACUCACUACUUCAAAGGUCAUAAAGGGGUUGUCAAUUCUGUCAUGUUCCAUCCUGACACAAAUAAAUCUCUUCUUUUCUCUAUAAGUGACGACACAACAGUUCGAGUUUGGGAUCUUUUAGCGAAGAAGUGUGUUGCUACUUUAGAAAAACAUUUUUCAACCGUUACUUCUAUUGCUAUAUCUGAAGAUGGAUGGACCUUGCUCAGUGCUGGUAGAGAUAAGGUUGUGAACUUGUGGGACCUUCAUGAUUACAGCUGUAAGAUGACUGUACCAACAUUUGAGGUUGUUGAAGCCGUGUGUAUAAUUCAUUCUGGGACCCUUCUUUCUUCAUUUCUGAAUUCAUACAAAAAGUCGACUAAAAAGAAAAGAAGCGGAUCGUUAGAAACUUAUUUCAUAACUGUUGGUGAACGAGGGGUUGUACGCAUAUGGAACUCUGACGGUGCAGUAUGUCUGUAUGAGCAAAAGUCCUCAGAUGUUACUGUUAGCUCUGACAUGGAUGAAUCUAAAAGGGGCUUCACUACUGCUACUCUGCUGCCUUCAGAUCAAGGACUGCUUUGUGUGACUGCUGAUCAGCAAUUUCUGUUUUAUGUCCCAGUGGACUUCCCUGAAAGUAAGUCGGAGUUGGUACUAAGUAAAAGGCUGGUAGGGUACAAUGAGGAGAUUUUGGAUAUUAAGUUUUUGGGUGACGAUGAAAAAUAUAUUGCUGUUGCUACGAAUCUUGAACAGGUUCAAGUGUAUGAUCUUGCGACCAUGUCGUGCUCCUAUGUACUGGCAGGCCAUAGUGAAAUUGUUUUAUGCCUUGAUACUUGUAUAGCAAGUUCUGGAAAAAUUCUUAUUGUAACUGGAAGUAAGGAUAACAGUGUACGGCUGUGGGAAUCGGAAAGCAGGCACUGCAUUGGGGUUGGCUCAGGUCAUAUGGGAGCUGUUGGAGCAGUUGCGUUUUCAAAAAAGUUGCGAAAUUUCUUUGUUAGUGGCAGUAGUGAUCAUACUAUCAAGGUCUGGAGUUUGGAUGGUCUCUUGGAUGAUGCUGAACAGCCUAUUAACUUGAAAGCUAAAGCAGUUGUAGCUGCCCAUAGUAAAGAUAUAAAUUCUCUGGCUGUAGCACCAAAUGAUAGCUUAGUUUGUAGUGGUUCUCAGGAUCGCACUGCUUGUGUUUGGAGGCUUCCUGAUCUGGUUUCUGUUGUUACACUUCGAGGGCAUAAAAGAGGGAUUUGGUCUGUAGAGUUUUCACCAGUUGAUCAAGCUGUCAUAACAGCUUCUGCUGACAAAACAAUAAAGAUGUGGUCUAUAUCAGAUGGUUUAUGCCUGAAAACAUUUGAAGGGCACACAUCAAGUGUACUAAGAGCAUCUUUCCUUACUCGUGGUGCCCAAAUUGUUUCUUGUGGUGCUGAUGGUUUGGUAAAGCUGUGGACUGUCAGAACUAGUGAAUGUAUUGCUACAUAUGAUAAGCAUGAGGACAAGGUUUGGGCCUUGGCUGUUGGGAAGAAGACAGAAGCGUUUGCAACUGGAGGCAGUGAUGCACUUGUCAAUCUGUGGCAUGAUUCAACUGCUUUGGAUAAAGAGGAAGCUUUUCGUAAACAGGAAGAAGGUGUUUUAAGAGGUCAAGAACUAGAAAAUGCUGUUUUGGAUGCCAACUACAGUAAAGCAAUCCAAAUAGCAUUUGAACUUCGCAGACCUCAUAAACUCUUUGAGCUUUUUUCCAAUCUUUGCAAGAAGAGAGAAGCCGAACAUCAGAUGGAGAAAGCCCUUCAAGCACUUGGCAAAGAAGAGUUUCGUCUACUACUUGAAUAUGUUCGAGAAUGGAAUUCAAAGCCAAAGUUGUGUCAUGUUGCACAAUUCAUCCUCUUCCGACUUUUCAACAUCCUUUCUCCGACAGAGAUUAUUGAGAUUAAAGGCAUUGCAGAACUUCUUGAAGGCCUCAUCCCAUACUCUCAGAGGCACUACAGCAGAAUAGAUAGACUUCUGAGAAGCACAUUUUUAUUGGACUAUACCUUAACUGGAAUGUCAGUUAUUGAACCAGAUAUUGACACGAGAGAACUAAAACCCAAAUCCUUGAUACACUCUGACAUCAAGAAGGCUGAUCAAGUAGCUCUAGAAGGAAAUGUCGACGAGGAGCAAACUGAGUCUAAAUUGAAGUCUGCUUCAAAGAAACGGAAAUCGAACAAGCCUCGAGAGAGUUCGAGUAAGAAAGUCAAGGGUUCAUACAACACAAAAUCUGGCGCUAUUUCAGUGCAAGCAUAGCAGGUAUUUUGGUAUAGUUAACCAGUGUCGUUGGCUUGUAUUUUAUUAGUUCAUCAGUUGUUACAAUUGCCUCUGCAAUCAAUUUUGAUUAUACAAUUUAAAUACACAUAAUUAUAACUUAAUUAACACAUAUUUUUUCUUUGAA